AAGUAUCCACUAUGAGUACUAUAUAUGUAAUCUUUUGAGACUUUGAAGAGUAUGAAAUGAAAUGAAAAAGUCUUUUAGUUUCCUUUAUUUUAUUUAGUCAAUUUUAUUGUUCUUCCCCUUUUAUUUAGUUAUUUUAGCAAUGACUUUGAAGGAGUAUGAAAUGGCUUUGCAAGAUCGCGUGAUGGAAGAAACAAAGGACAGGAAAAAUGCAGUAGAAGCUUAUGUUUAUGACAGGAGAAACAAGCUAAAUGACAAAUACCAAGACUUUGUCAUUGCUUCAGAGAGGGAAGGUUUUACCUCUAAACUCCAGGAGGUGGAAGACUGGCUAUAUGAGGAAGGCGAAGAUGAAACUAAAGGUGUAUAUGUUGCAAAACUUGAAGAGCUCAAAAAGCAAGGUGACCCGAUCGAAGAGCGUUACAAAGAAUACACAGAGAGGGGUACAAUAGUUGAUCAGUUCAUCUAUUGUAUAACUAGUUACAGAGAAGCUGCAAUGUCACCUGAUCCCAAAUUUGAUCACAUUGACAUCAGUGAGAAACAGAAGGUCUUAAAUGAAUGUGUUGACGCUGAGAAUUGGCUGAGGGAGAAGAAGCAGCAUCAGGAUUCACUUCCAAAACAUGCCAACCCUGUACUCUUGUCAGCUGCAAUAAGGAAGAAAGCUGAGGCUGUUGAUAGGUUCUGCAAGCCGAUUAUGACAAAACCAAAACCAGCCAAGCCAGCUACUCCUCCUGCACCACCAAGCCCAGCUUCUUCGGGCUCUGAACAGCAGCAACCUCAGGCAGAUGCUAAUGCCAACAGCACUAAUGAGAAUGCUGGGGAUGGGAGUCAGGCCUCAUCAGCAUCUUCUGAACCAAUGGAAACUGGGUAUAUUAAAUUUGGAAGACAUCAUACGUUUAAGCAAUGGGAUCCGGGAGUUAUUUUAGAACCUUGAGGACAAGGUUCAAGUGAACCCCGCGGCAAUGAUAGAGAGUACUUAGUUAUAUUUUUAUAUUUUUAGUUUAAUUAGAAUUAUUAAUUUAAGGUUUUAUAUUAGUUGGUAUUUUAGUUCAAUUGUUAUUGAAUUGGGUUUCCACUAGUAAUUGGGCAUUUUUAGUUAUUGGCCCAUUAGUUACAUUAUAUAUGUAGUGUCAUUGACACAUUACAAAUUAAUCAAUGAAAAAUCAAAGUUAACUUUUAAUUCUAUUUUCUUAGUUUGUU